AAGAGAAGAAACCCACGCAUACAGACUUCCUCCCUCUCUCUCUCUCUCUGAAAACUUCUCUCAAAACCCUGAAAAACCUCAAGAUUCGUGAGAACAUGGAUUGGUCCCGAGGCAGAGAGAUCGGCCACGGCGGGUUCGCCACCGUCCACCUCGCGGCGACCGCCGAGACCUGCCCCUCCGGCCGCCCUCCGGUGAUGGCCGUCAAGUCCUGCGACGCGGCCCUGUCUUCCUCCCUCAGGCACGAGAGGCGGGUCCUGAGCGAACUCGGCCACUGCCCGCGGAUCGUCCGCUGCUUCGGCGAGGAGCUCACCGCAGAGCGCGGCGGCGAGGAGCUCUACAACGUCCUACUCGAGUACGCCGCCGGCGGCAGCCUCGCCGACAGCAUGAAGUCGAGGGGGAAGCCCCUCUCGGACGCCGAGAUCAGACGACACACUAGGUCCAUCCUGGAGGGCCUGGAGUUCGUCCACUCCAAAGGGUUCGUCCACUGCGACGUCAAGCUCCAGAACAUCCUCGUAUUCCCCAACGGCGGCGACGAAGUCAAGAUCGCCGACUUCGGCCUCGCGAAGAAAGCGGGCGAGCAGCCGGCGAAGGGCGGGAAACAGGGUGGGCUCGAGUGGCGGGGGACGCCGAUGUACAUGGCGCCCGAGUCGGUGAACUGCAACGAGUACGAGCCGCCGUCCGACGUCUGGGCGCUCGGGUGCGCGGUGGUGGAGAUGGCGACGGGGAGGCCGGCAUGGGGGUCGCCGGCCAACGCGUACGCCCUUAUGAUCAGAAUCGGGGUCGGAGACGAAAUCCCGGAAAUUCCCGAGGGAUUGUCGGAGCAGGGGAAGGACUUCUUGAUGAAGUGCUUCGCUAAGAACCCCAAGAAGAGGUGGACCGCCCGUAUGCUCUUGAAGCACCCCUUCCUGGCCCUCGACUGCGUCGACAACGACGAGGAGGUCGCAAGAGAUUGCGGAGCAGUAGAAUUCGCGGAUUCCUCUCCGAGGUGCCACUUCGAUUUCCAAUACUGGGUUUCGAUGCAAUGUUCAAGAACGAGUUGGGAAUCGAGCUCGCUUUCGCCCUCCUCGGAGAUGGAUUCUGAUCCGUCAUUCGCUGGAGAGCACACAACGUCGGAGAUAUGGUCGGAUUCUUCGUCGGCGCACACCACGUCGGAGAUCUGGUCGAUUCUUCGUCGGCGCACACCACGUCGGAGAUCUGGUCCGAUUCUUCGUCGGCGAUCGAUCGGUUUGUCGAGUUGGCAAGCCACGAGAGGCCAAACUGGGAAGAUUCCGAGGGUUGGGUUACCGUUCGAUGAUGUGAAUUCGUCCAAUUCCGGAAGCAGAGUUAGCGUAGCUAGAACAGAGCAGAAUUCUCGGAUGAUUGUUUUUUGUUAAAUCCGAGGGUUCUGAUUCAAUUGAUUCGUUUUCUUUUCUACGACUGUGAAUAUUGAUUCGGUUAUUGCAGACAAAAUAUGUACAGACAGAUUCUUUCUUUGAUGCAAUAAAAUGAAAAAUCAGAUCUUUCUCGCGGCA